AACAUGGCGACGCACAGUCGUUCAUUACAGGUCUGUAUUUUGGCUUUGAGAACGUAUUUUAACAUCCAAAGUAAUUUGAUCAAGCGUCUUUAUGCCAUUCAAAGAGAAUGCCACAGACGACGUCUACGUUCAAGACAACAGAUAGCCUUGGUGAUCAUGAGGAGACGAAGAGCUGUUAUGUGGGCAUAUCCACGAGAGCAAAAAUGGUGGGACAACGUCGUACCUGAAUUCAGCCUAGCGCAGUUCAUCCAGAACUUCAAAGUAUCGCGGAAGACCUUUGAAUACAUCUGCUAUCGUCUCAAGCACUUGCUGCAAAAAAGAAACACUAAUUUCCGCUUGUGCGUGCCUGUGAGGAAACGAAUCGCCAUCGCCCUCUGGAAGCUGGCCACCGGCAGCGAGUACAAAAGCGUGAGCCAUCUUUUCGGGGUUGGCCUGAGUACCGUCUUCAACUGCGUGCAGGACUUUUGCAAUGCAGUGCUUAGAGUUCUUCUGCCUGCACACAUCAAAUUUCCAGAUUCUAGAAAGCUGGUGGAGAUGGCAUAUGUCUUCGAAACCCGCUGGAGAGUGCCACAGUGCGUUGGCGUGAUCGAUGGAAGCCACAUCCCCAUAAUAGCGCCCGAAGAGUACCCCCAUGACUACAUCAACAAAAAAGGGUGGCACUCAAUAGUACUUCAGGCAGUCGUGGAUGCAGAAGGACACUUCUGGGAUCUAUGCGUUGGCUAUCCUGGCAGCGUGCACGAGGCGAAUAUCCUGAGACGUUCUUAUCUAUGGGACAAGCUGAAUGAUGGACAGCUGUUGCGCCAAAACACAGUAAGCCUCUCAGGUUGCGAUGUUGGACAUUACCUGAUCGGUGGCACAGAAUACCCCCUGCAAAACUGGCUCAUGAAGCCGUUUUUAGACACAGGGGACUUAACCCCACAGCAACAAAGGUGCAAUUCCAGGUUGAGAUGUGCACGGUCAGUCGUGGACGAGAGUUUUGAGAGGCUAAAGGGACGAUGGAGGUGUCUCUUGAAAAGGAAUGACUGUAAACUGGAGAUGAUAAAGAAGAUGGUUAUGACCUGCUGCGUGCUGCACAACAUCUGUGAGGAACGUGGGGAUGAAUUCAGCGAGGACCUUUCAGCCAUGCAUGUGAACAUGCAGCCCCCUGUCCAGCCAUUACGUGAGCAUGGACAACCAGAAGGAACUGAAGUUCAAUCUGCAUUAUUAGGCCACUUUAACAGACAGGAGUGA